CUCGUAUCCUGCAUCAGUAUGAGCCACUGGCCAGCUACUUCAAGUCAUUAAAUGACAAACAGCCAAGGUUCAGGAGGCUUGUGGAGGCAUUCUCUGACUCAAUUACAGAGGUGUACCUACUGUUCUUUCAAGCAACUUUUCCAGUCUUCUCCACAUUCAACCUCCUCCUCCAGAGAGAGAAGUCGUCAAUCUUCCUACUACAUGAUGAGAUGAGGGGUUUUAUCCGCAAGCUGCUCUCAAAGUUUCUGAAGCCCGCAGCAUUGCAGCACCGGGAACUGCAUGAAAUAUGCUUUAAGGAGCCAUCCAACCAACUGCCAGGAGAAAAGUUGGUGAUUGGCUUCACUACUCGAGUUACACUCAACAGGCUCCUUGAAGCAGGAGCCAUUACACCGCAGCAAGUGCAGAGGUUCCAGAAGGCAGCAGUGGCGUUUCUGGAAAGGGCUGUGGAGUAUGCCAUCAAGAAACUCCCCAUGAAAGAGCCUCUGAUUAAACAUGCCAUGUUUCUGGAUGUCCAGCAGAGAGCAGAGUGUGGAGUGGAAGAUGCCUUCUACUUUGUCGACAGAUUUCCUGAACUUCUCCCAUACAAUGGACCUGAAGAGCGAGACAAACUUUGUGAGGAGUUUCUGGACUACCAGACCAUGGACAUUGCCAUGCCCGACGACCCAGCAAUGUUUGACUUUGAGAGAUUUUGGGGGAACAUGGCAUCAAUGAAGAACAAGGUGACCGGUAUGAGCAGAUUUGGCAGGCUGUCUUGUAUUGCCAAGUUGGUCUUGGUCAUGCCUCACUCCAAUGCUGAUGCAGAGCGAGUUUUCUCUGUGGUUGGACUAAAUAAGACCAAGACCCGAAACAGUUUGGCUCUUGAGGGAACUCUGUCAUCCAUCAUGACCGUGAAGAUGGCGAGCCUUGAGCCAGACUGUUUUAAGUGGGAGCCCCCUGCCUCUGUCAUCAAGGCAUCAAAAUCUGCCACCAACACCUACAACGCUAGACAUGCUAAAUGAUUGACAAAUAAAUGUAUUUUGUCAAAAUUCUUGUCUUGUUAAUUUCUGGUUAAGAGAGGUUAGGAGGCCACAGUGCAGAGAGAGCAGCUG